AUGUCCAUGUCCAGUCGCAGAAUGACAGAUUUCAACCCCAUGUCUUCCGUCGACAUCUCCGUCAUUGAAGACAAGAUGAGAAUGGCCUCCCUCGACCAGCACCGUGGCUACUCCCAGAACACCUUUGGUGAGGUUCAGCAAUACCGUAACACGGAAUACGUGCCCAAGACCCAGGCCACCGCUUUCCAGAUCCUGCGCGAGCCCCUCUGGAACAAAGGUCUCUCCUUCACGCCCGAAGAGCGCGUCACCAGAAACCUCACCGGUCUCAUCCCUCACACCAUGGAGAGCCUCCAGACGCAAUGCCAGCGGGCCAUGAAGAUGAUCAACACCCGCCAGACCGACGUCGACAAGUACCUCUACCUGUCCUCGCUCAAGGCCCAAAACUUUGACCUCUUCUACCGCCUGCUCAUUGACAACGUCCGCGAGCUCAUGCCCCUGGUCUACACCCCCACCAUUGGCGACGUCUGCCUGCAAUACUCGACCCUCUACACCCGCCCCGAGGCUCUGUACAUUUCGAUUAAGCAGCGAAAGUCCAUCCGCACCAUGCUCCGCAACUGGCCCUACCCCAACCCCCAGAUCUGCGUCGUCACUGACGGCUCUCGCAUUCUGGGUCUUGGUGACUUGGGUGUCAACGGUGUUGGUAUCUCUAUUGGCAAGCUCGCUCUGUACACUGGUGCCGCCGGUAUCCACCCCGAAAACACCCUGCCCAUUGUCCUCGACACCGGCACCAACAACGAGACCAACCUGAAGGACCCCUUCUACCUUGGCAUCCGCUCCAAGCGUGUGCCCGUUGCCGAGCAGCAGGCGUUCAUGGAUGAGUUCAUGGAGGCCGUCACCGAGGUCUACCCCGAGAUGACUGUCCAGUUCGAGGACUUUGAGUCCGAAAAGGCCUUCAACUACCUCGACCGCUACCGCAACAAGUACCGCUGCUUCAACGACGACAUCCAGGGAACUGGCGCCGUUGUCCUCGCCGGUUACAUCAACGCCGUCGAGCUUUCUGGCGUUCCCCUCGAGGAGCAGCGCCUGGUCUUCAUGGGCGCCGGUUCCGCCGGUGUCGGUGUGGCCAAGCAGCUCGUCGAGUAUUACACCAAGCGUGGCCUCAGCGAGCAGGUCGCCAGGGACAAGUUCUGGCUGGUCGACACCAAGGGUCUCGUCACCAAGGACCGCGGUGACAAGCUCGCCGAGCACAAGAAGUACUUUGCCCGCACCGACAACAACGGCCACCAGUUCCGCACCCUCGAGGAGGUCAUUGAGUACGUCAAGCCCACCGCUCUCGUCGGUCUCACUGCCACCUUUGGCGUCUUCACCGAGUCCGUCGUCCGCGCCCUCAAGGCCUCUGUCGACUCUGGCGGUCUUGGCCGCCGCCCCGUCCUCUUCCCCCUCAGCAACCCCCUCACCAAGGCCGAGUGCACUUUCGAGCAGGCUGUGCAGUGGACCGACGGCACCGUCAUCUUCGCCUCCGGCUCCCCCUUCAACCCCUUCACCAUGAAGAGCCCCGACGGCCAGGCCAUUACCUACCACCCCAACCAGGGCAACAACGUCUACGUCUUCCCCGGUCUCGGUCUCGGUGCCAUCCUCGCAAAGGCCUCCAAGGUCACCGACGACAUGGUCUACACCUCGGCUGCCGCUCUCGCCGCGUCUCUCAACGUUGACGAGAUCCACAAGGGUCUCAUCUACCCCCGCAUCGAGCGUGUCCGUGACGCCAGCGUCAUCGUUGCCCGCGAGGUCAUGAAGUCUGCCCGGAGAGCCGGCGUCUCCAAGCUUCCCGAGUCCCAGUGGGUCGAGUGGGAGGAGUGGGGUGACGUCGCCCUCGACGCCUGGAUCAAGGAGCGCGUCUACGACCCCGUCAGCUUCUCCGAGAAGAGCCGGAUUUGA